GGAGAAUAGGGGUCCUUACAGGAGGGAUGAAGAGGUUCCCAUAAGUAGGGAAUCAAGUAUACUAAUCACAAACUCAGUUAAUCCUGGCACCGUGUGGCGAACCUCUUUAUUUGGGGAACAAUCACCUACUGUCAAACAGGAUUGGAAGGAGAUCCCAAAUGAUGUCAGGUCAAGAACCCCCAACAUGAGCUGGUCACAACCAUGGAAAGAUAUGAUUAAUCAACGAGAAAGUAAUGUGACAAAUUCAUCCUAUUCUAGAGAUGGAGUAAAUUGGCAAUCUAGUGAGGAUCCCAUACUUAAGAGGCAACUGUCCGGUGUUUUGGAGAGGGAACCCGAACCUAGGAUGCUGCCUGCCCCAGAGGACCUUAUCCUUCGCUACAAAGAUCCUCAAGGUGAAAUUCAAGGCCCUUUUUCUGGGAUUGAUAUCAUAGGCUGGUUUGAGGCAGGAUAUUUUGGGAUAGAUUUGGAAGUUCAGCUUGCAAGUGCACCGAAGGACUCACCAUUUGCCUUACUUGGUGAUGUAAUGCCCCACUUACGAGCUAAAGCACGGCCACCACCUGGAUUUUGUGUGUCAAAACUGGGUGAACUAUCAGAUUUUUCAAGCAGGCAAAAUUUUAGUAGCCUGGGGAAAGUUCAUACUGGUGCAAGUGAUACUGAUAUAAUCGGCAAUGAGCCAAGGCCAGCAACAGAAGCUGAAAAUAGGUUUUUGGAGUCGCUCAUGUCCGGCGGCAUGAACAAUCCAUCCCAAGGUCUACAAGGAUAUCUUCCAAAUAAUCCUAGUAGCAUUCCAGCAUCUGGAAUAGAAAGUGCGAGUGAUCUCUAUCUCUUGGGCAAGAGAAUGGAUCUUGAACGGCAGAUGUCAUUACCCAAACCUUACCCUUAUUGGUCGGGGAGAGAUGCUGCAUCUUUGGUUUCCAAGCCAGAUAUAAUCUCUGAGUCUCCUGCAGCUCAAGCAAAACUUCUCACAUCAUUGACUGACAACACUCUUCAGCCACCUCAUCCACAAACUGUUGAUUUGAUGUCCAUCCUCCAAGGAUUACCUGACCGGUCUGCUCAUGCGGUAAAUUAUAGUGUUGGGGUUUGGUCAAAUUUUCCUGCACAAGGUGCUUUGGAUCCUGUUCAAGAUAAGAUUGAGCUACAUAACGCUCAAAAUUUUCCUACCCAAGUGCCCUUCGGUAUCCAUCAGCAAAGGCAGCAAACACCUACCCCAUCUUCCAUGACUAGUUUGCUUGGUCAAACCAUGGAUAGUCCAUCUGGCAUUUUAAAACCUGAAAAUGUAAUCUCGUCAACAUUAUGUCAAAACUCCCAACUGCUAAAUAUGUUGCAGCAGCAGUAUUUAAUGCUGCAGCUACAACCCCAGACACCAUUACAACAAACACAGCAGAUGCUGCUGCUUGAAAAGAUCAUGUUUCUGAAGCAGCAACAGAGACUGGAGGAACAACAAAAGUUGCUACAGCAACAACAAUUGCUCUCACAGGUUUUGCAAGAACAUCAAUCUCAGCAGCAUGUUGGUGAACCCUCUUAUGGACACUUACAGACUACACUAUCAACAGGGAAUUCAUCCAUGGAUCCCAGUCGACUUCAGCCAUCGUCACAAGAUAUUCUUCAGAGUGGUUCAUGGAUCCCAGACACCCAAGGUGAACAUGCAUUUAACUUAAUGAAUCUGCCAUCACAAGUUUCCAGGGAUACGAGUUAUGCUGUCAGUUCUGGAUCCCCGCCUGUGCUUCUACCACAUGAGAUGCACAGUAGUAUCAAUUUUGAGAAGAGCUUGGGCACUAAUGCACCACAACUGGUAAAUGACAUUCAACAAUCUUUGCCAGUGACAACAAUAGUUGAAAACUCACCCUCAUUGGAAGUAAACCUACCCGUCCAGAUGGCUUCUGACUGCCAUGCUCUUACCGUGGAGCAGCCACAGGACUCUGUUCAGAAGAUUGAUGAAAUUGUACUAGCUGUACCCCUUGUGAAUGAUGCACUUUGUGGAACCUUGGAACACCAUGAAACUGCUACUGCUAGAACCUGUAAAACUGAUACACCUAAUGAGGAUGUUCAACCUACUGCUGCUAUCAAUGAACUGAAAGUUCAAAGAGAGAGAAGCAAUGAUCAGCCUUCUGUGGUGAGAGAAGUUAAGAAUGUUGAAGCUCAUGAGGUAAGAAAAACUUCUGAAAAGAAGUCUAGAAAGCAAAAAUCUAACAAAUCACAAACUUCUGACCUUGCAAAGGGACAUUCAAAAGCUUCUUCCUCUUUGGUGCAAUUGAAAACAUCUGAAACUGAAACUGAAACGCCAGUUGUUGGUGACACUAACACUGCUGGACAUAACAUUGAUGUUGUGUCUCCUGGGAAGAAAGAACAGAAAAAAUCCAGUAUGACCCCCGUGGAUUCUCACUAUGCUGUAAACACUUCAGCUGCUAACAUUGUAAUGGUUGAUGUUAAAACAAAAGAACUCAAGGAUGAGUCUCAUUUUUCUGGUUCUUUCCCAGUGCAGAACCCAAGUGCAGAGGCUGCAGUACGUGCUUGGAAACCUGCCCCUGGUUUCAAGCCAAAGUCAUUAUUGGAAAUCCAACAGGAAGAACAGAUGAAGUUUCAAAUGGAGAUGGCUGUAUCAGAGGUUACUUCUGUUAAUUCUUUGAAUUUGUCAACUCCGUGGGCUGGGGUUGUGUCUAGUUUAGAACCCAAAGUUUCUAGAGAAAGUCAAAGAGAUGCAGAUUUAGCUGAGUUAGCUAUUGUGAAAUCUGAAAGUCCUUUAAAUCCAACGAGUAAAAAGAGCCCAUUACAUGACCUGCUGGCAGAAGAAGUUUUGGCAAAAUCCAGGGAAAGAGAUGCUGAUGUUCCUGGCAUUAUUUGUACAUCUUCUGGCAAUGUUACCACUACAAAUGUAGAACCUGUCGAUGAUGACAAUUUCAUUGAGGCUAAAGAAACUAAAAAGAGCCGAAAAAAGUCCAAAGCAAAGGGCACUGGAGCAAAAGUUUUAGUUCCUCCUAGUACUGCCGAUGUGCAUCUUGUUAAUGCUAGUACUUUUCAGAAAGGCAAAGGUUCUUGUCCAGCACAGCUGAAGAAGGAAGUUUUGCCUUCAAUUCCCUCAGGUCCUUCUUUGGGAGAUUUUGUUCCUUGGAAAGAGGAGCAAAUUAACCCUCCCCUCAGUCCAGCAUGGUCUGCUGAUUCUAAGAAACUUCCUAAACCCACAUCAUUAAGGGACAUACAAAAGGAGCAGAAGAGGAAUUCCUCUGCCCAGCCCACGAGUCCAAUAACAAUUCAUAAAUCCCAACCAAAUCAGCCAGCUUCUGCUGCUGUUUCAUCAUGGUCCAUUGUGUCUCCACCAUCAAAGACUGCCUCUCCGAUCCAGAUUAAUUCUCAUGCAUCUCAAUCAAAACAUAAAGGAGAUGAUGACCUAUUUUGGGGUCCGAUUGAUCAGACAAAGCAAGAAACAAAGCAAGGUGAUUUCCCACUUUUAGUGAAUGCGGGCAGCUGGGGAGGCAAAAGCACUCCUACUAAAGGAAAUGCAAGUGGGUCAUUUAGUCGGCAAAAGUCGGUAGGUGCCAGGCCUAUUGAGCGCACUCUGUCAUCCUCUGCUGCCUCUGCUCAGUCCUCCCUUAAAGGGAAAAGAGAUAUGUUGAACAAACAUUCUGAGGCAAUGGAUUUCAGAGCUUGGUGCGAGAGCGAAUGUGUUAGGCUUAUUGGGUCAAAAGAUACAAGUUUCUUGGAAUUUUGUUUGAAGCAGUCUAGAUCCGAGGCUGAGAUAUUUCUUGUAGAGAACCUUGGAUCAUUUGAUCCGAAUCACGAGUUCAUUGAGAAAUUCCUCAACUAUAAGGAAUUGCUAGCAGCUGAUGUGCUGGAGAUUGCUUUUCAAAGGCUUCAUGACGGAAAGUUCACAGAGUUGGGAACCAGAAAUGCGAAUCCCAGCAAUACAAACGCUGUGGAUCCCAACCAAGACGGAGUCGACCCAGAUGGGUCUUUGAAGGCAGGAGGGAAGAAGAAAGGAAAGAAAGGAAAGAAGGUGAGUCCGGUUGUUUUAGGAUUCAAUGUGGUCAGCAACCGGAUUAUGAUGGGCGAGAUUCAGGCGGUAGAAGAUUGAUAAACCACCAUGACUUCGUUUUGAGAGAUGAUAACUGGUUUUUGAGAUGUGGGGUUAGUUGUAAAUACAUUACUGUUUGUAAAUGUCCAGCUAGGGCUUCUUUUCCCUCUUAAAAUUAACCUUUUAUAGCAGGGGCAAUUGA